AUGGAAGCUAAUAAGUGGGCAAGUUUUUCAGAAGGAACUAGUGAUUCUGAAGGCUACGGAGAGGAUCCUGAUGAUGAUGACCAUUGUUGUGCAUAUGCAUCCACUGAUAUACCCAAGUUGCAGUUCAGGAAAGAUAUCUCAAGAUCACGGUGGCUUGAUCCAUUAGGAAUGGCUGAGGUCGUGGAGAGGAAGGGUGGAUUGUGGACAACUACUGGGAUAGUUCGUUAUGGCAAGAUAUAUUGCUUCAUCGAAGAGAUUUUAUAUCUUACCGAAAUUGGGGCUCUACAUCUCCUCAGUAAAGAUGACACGCCCCUUUCUCUGGAACAUGUAUACAACAAGGUUGCAGAAGGAAAAAGUGGAUGUUCCUUGGAAUAUUAUGAAGCAUAUAAGCACUUGAAAUCUCUUGGUUAUAUAGUUGGGCGUCAUGGGAUUCCUUGGUCAGUAAGAAGGUUAAAAGUAAAUUGUGUUGUUAAUCAAGACACGCCGGAGCCUGCUCAAAGUAAAGAUGAAGAAUCAAGAAACAGUAUUCUCAUCUCUGAAAUGAUUAAUAAUAUACAGAUUGGUGGAUUGAGACUGGCCUUUGACGUUUACCCUCCCAAUAGCAGAUUCAGAAAGUCUGCUCCUGGUGAUCCAUGUUUUGUACUUUGUCUUGCUAGUGAGUAUCCACCUUCCAAAGAUGAAAUUGAAAAUCUUGAGAGACAUUUGCAUGGCAUUCCGUUGAAAUUCUGUCUUGUUGAGCAUGGACGUUUGAGCUUUUUCUCAUUCAACAAAGUUGAGCUCCCUAUCCUUCCAUGAUCCUUUCGAGCAACAGAUACAAAUCUUGGCAUGCCCUGUGAAGAACUAUGGUACAAUUAUGAAUUUUCAGUUUGUGGAUUGAUGUUUAAUCGUUGUGUAAUCACAACACAUUAUUAAUGAAACAACAGAUAACAAGUCU